AUGAAGUAUUCUAUCAAGUUAGAUAAAAGGCUUCCUUUUAUUGGGCAUAUUAAUGGUGCUAAUUUAUUAGAGAUUCAACGAUUGGAAAUCAGUUUGGGAGGGUUCGGGAGGCAAUUUCGGGAUGAGCAUGAUGAUGUCGAUAUGAGGGAUGAAACAGGAGGUGAAGAACAACAACUGCUCAGUUUUAAGAGGGAUUUUGGAGACGAGGAGAAAAGUACUAUGGAGGUUGCGUUGAAGGAUGGUUUGGAAAAAUUCCCUGAUAGUGUGGUGCUGAAUGAGUGGAUGGAAAAGAUGAAUGAGCUUUUCAAGGAAGUGCAAGAAGGGGCAAGUAACAAAAAAGUGCAUGAGCCUGAGUGUUGUAAUGAGUUAAAUAUGAAUGAUGUAGGGGUGAAUGAGGAAAUGAUUAAGAUGUUGGAUGAAAAUGAGUUACAGGUGUAUAGAAGGAAAAAGCUAAUGUCAGGAAUGAGUGGGGAUAAUGUGGUUGGAAGAAAUAUAGGAGAAGUGUUGUGA